UCACGCGACCGUUUUAAAGUCUGACUCCCGGUUUCUCUGCAUUGUGGACCAUGAUGCGUUGGACCUGCUAGUUUUGAGGUGGAUCUAAUUUCUUUCGAAGAAGAAUGGAGUGACUGAAUUUCAAGCAUCUCGUCUCCUUAAGAGUGAAUGCACUUGUUGAGCUUUUUCUUCCUCCUCCUCCUCCAUCUAAAGGACUAGCACCAGGGAAGAGGCUACAGGUUCGCAACAGGUUCAGCAAUUCUCCCCACCGCCUAGGAAAUCCGAGACGUGUUGAAAAUAAAGGAGAUCGUGUCCCGAUAACGAUGCCCGUGUUGACGAGUCCAGAUAUCGCCAAGAAGUUCAAGGAGAAAUGGAUGCUGCUUCAUCCGGAGGAUGAGGAGGAUGCGGGCGGCGCUGUGAGCUUUGAUGACAGUCUAACGAGUCUGCACUGGCUACAGAACUUCUCCAUAGUGAGCGCGGCUCCAGACAGAGCGCCCGGGUUCGGAUGGCGACCGCAGCAGCUCCUGCACCCGGCGGGUAGCACAGAGUCUCCCUCCAGCCCUCCUGCCGGUGACACAGCUGCCUCGGGCACUGCACACACUCCCGGAAAUCCCGCCGCCUCCUGCAGCAAACUGGCCGGAUCGAGCGUCUACACGCAGAUGUACGGGCUCAGCGGAGCUCAGCCGCAUGAGGAGGUCGAUUAUAAAACUAACCCUCAUGUGAAACCGCCAUACUCAUACGCCACACUCAUAUGCAUGGCCAUGCAAGCCAGCAAGAAGACCAAAAUCACCCUGUCCGCCAUCUACAGCUGGAUCACAGAAAACUUCUGCUACUACAGACAUGCUGAGCCCAGCUGGCAGAACUCAAUUCGCCACAACCUGUCUCUGAACAAGUGCUUUAUGAAGGUCCCCAGGCAGAAGGAUGAGCCUGGAAAGGGAGGUUUCUGGCAGAUCGAUCCCCAAUAUGCAGACAUGUUUGUGAAUGGUGUCUUCAAACGUAGGAGAAUGCCUGCCACAAAUUUCAGCACCCAGAGACAAAACAGAAUUCUGUCCUCUUGCUCUCCUUACAGCCCUCAGCGGAACCCACAAACUGGAUUGGAUAACUACCAAGAACCUUUAGCAGGAAGCAAGCGCAAACAGGCCUGUCCCAAACGAGGGGGCAAGCUGGGGAGAAUUUCCCAGUCCCCCCUGUUAGCGAGUGAGAUCAAAACAUCAGAUGUGCUCCGGGGAGAUUUCGACUUGGCCUCAGUGUUUGAUGAUGUCCUCAGUGGAAAUGGCAGUACAUUCGAGGACCUGGACAUCAACACUGCACUGAGUUCCCUUGGCUGUGAGAUCGAGGUGUCCUCUCAGAACCAGCAUGGGUCCACUGUUUCCAAAUGGUACAGCAGCGAGGAUGAGCAGGCUUGUGCUUACCUGGAAAUGAGCAGCAUGAUGGGAUGUAGCAUGGAAGACUUUCAGCGCCAGCAGCAGCCGCAGCAACAGCAGAUACAGACCCAUCAGCAAUAUUACGACGGACUGGCACUGUUUUCAGAUCUGCCUCAGCAGCAGCAAGUCUGGGAGGUUAAAGAAGAGGCACAGGCCAUUCCUCUAUCUCUGGAUCAGGGCUAUGGUCUGUGUGAAGGAUUUUUCUCUGAGAUGCAUAUGUGGGAGAAGGGAGAGGUGUUUCUUUAAACAUAUGCACUGUUACUGCUGGUCUGCUGGCCUGCUGACUUUUGUUUUGCUACAUUAGCAUACUGAAUGUUUCAAGAAAACUGUGUAAUUAUUCUUUUUACUUGCUUUGGAUUUUUUCCUGAGAAUCUAUGCUAAAAUGAUAAUGUUGAUAAUUAUACUUAUUCCUUUUUGAAUAUUUUUAAAUCAUGGUUGGAUUCAAUAACACGCUAAUGACUACUAUGGAACAUAUCAAAGUAGAGGCAAAUUUUCUGUAGAUAAAUCGAUUUAAAUCUAUAUUAAUUUUAGUUCACUUGAUAUUUUAGAUACAGUCAUAAUAUGAAUGUGAUAUUUUUACACCUUAAAAAAAUCAGAUAUUGGAUGGAAAGGGGAUGCAACAAGCCAAAGUGCUUUGCAGAAAUAUUUUCAGAGAUUUUCAGAAAUCCAGCACAAGCACUUUGAGGCAGUGUUUAAGUUUCAUUCCUGUAUAUCACCCUUGUAAUUUAUUUGAUAAAAUGUGAGAGAAUGCAGUUUCGUUGUUUGUUUUUUCUUUCUUUUUUAUAAUUCCUUUCUUUUUUUUACACAAGCUGUUUUAAAUGCCAUUGUCCUGAUUUUUUAUUAAUUGUUAGGAGCAAUAUCAUGUUAAGGCAAGGACUGUUUUAGAUUUGUAUUUGUAUUGAGUUACCUAACAUGCAACUUGAAUCUAAUUAUAUCCUGUACUUGAAUAAAAGGAUCAACCAUU